UUCUUUCUCAAGCUCUCGAAUGCCUUCUGUUACAAGCACUUAGCUCAUACAUCCCCCUCCGAUCCUUUAUUCUCCUCUGUCCCCCAACGAAAACCCUCUAUACGCUUCCUUUUCUCUCUCUAGAUUCUCCGAAUUCUGUGUUUCUAUGGAGUCAAAGCUGCAGCGCCGUUUCACACUGGGCAGGCAGUCCUCGGGAGCGCCUGGGAAUGACGCCGCUCUUGCCUCCGACGUCUCGGUGAGUGUGGAGGAAGAAUUGGAUUCUGGCGUUCGGUUGAUGUACUCGGCGAACGAGGGCGAUUUGGAGGGGAUUGAGGAGCUUUUGGAUUCUGGGACCACUGUCAAUUUCAGGGAUAUUGAUGGCCGCACCGCCUUACACGUUGCCGCGUGCCAGGGACGGACGGACGUUGUUGACUUGCUUCUCCGUCGCGGCGCUGAAGUUGAUGUGAAGGACCGAUGGGGGAGUACGCCUCUUGCAGAUGCAAUAUACUAUAAAAAUAAUGACGUGAUUAAGCUUUUGGAGGCACAUGGUGCGAAACCUCCGAUGGCUCCCAUGCAUGUGCAGAAUGCCCGUGAAGUUCCAGAGUAUGAAAUUGACCCAAGAGAGCUAGAUUUUACUAACAGUGUCGAAAUAACAAAGGGAACAUUUUGCAUUGCCUCAUGGCGUGGGAUCCAGGUUGCUGUUAAGAAACUUGGUGAGGAAUUUUUCAUCGACGAAGAGAAAGUAAAAGCAUUCAGGGACGAGCUUGCUCUACUUCAGAAGAUACGCCACCCAAAUGUUGUCCAAUUUCUUGGUGCUGUGACACAAAGUACUCCAAUGAUGAUUGUUACUGAAUAUCUACCUAAGGGAGACUUUGGUGCAUACUUGAAAAGAAGAGGUGCUUUAAAGCUAACAACGGCUAUCAAGUUUGCCCUGGAUAUUGCGAGAGGAAUGAACUACUUGCAUGAGCAUAAGCCUGAAGCAAUAAUUCAUCGAGAUCUUGAACCUUCAAACAUAUUGCGUGAUGAUUCUGGUCAUCUUAAAGUUGCAGACUUUGGGCUAAGCAAGCUCAUGAAAGUUGCCAAAACAAUUAGAGAAGACAAGCCUUCGUCUUGCCAACAGACUUCUUGGCGGUACGCAGCUCCAGAAGUUUUUAGAAAUGAGGAAUAUGAUACUAAGGUGGAUGUGUUUUCAUUUGCAUUGAUAUUACAGGAGAUGAUCGAAGGUUGUCCACCAUUUCCUAAAAGGAAAGAAAUUGAAGUUGCUAAAGCGUAUGUGGCCAACGAGCGCCCUCCAUUUGAAGCUCCACUGAAGCGUUAUGCCCAUGGACUGCGACAGUUAAUAGAGGAUUGCUGGGAUGAGAAGCCCUCAAAGAGACCUACGUUUCGGGAAAUAAUUCUGAAGUUGGAUGCAAUAAACAAACAUUAUUGUCACAAAAGACAGUGGAAGACGAAAGCACUUAAAUAUCUGCACAGAUUUGAGUCAAUCUUGAAGUUAGAUCAUUCUAUUUCAAGGAGUGGUUCGUCUCGCUCAACUAUUAGAUAAGUUGAUUGUUUCCCUAAAAAGGAGCCCAGAGUACUCUCCAGCAGGUGAUUCGAGCAUAAUAUUUCUUUCCAAAAGUAGUUGACGAUGAGUGAAGAUGCUGUGUUGAUAGACCAUUGUAUGUGAUAAAACAAAAGAAAUUUUCGUGCGAUCACUUUCUUCUUGUCCAGAGGUCUGCAAAAUCUCUCAAGGUUUUGCUCUGUUGUGACAAGUAAUUAAGUGAUUUUUUGUGUCAUUUGAACGUUGGUUCACCUUUGCCUUCUGUGAAUACGUUGUUCAGCUUUAAUUGUAAAACUCAGCCAUUGAUGAUCCAGUAAUAAUUCUAAAGCACCAUGUUCUUUCUCAUAUUCA